GUGGUGUUUGGCGACGCGGCCGUCCUGGCGCUGGACGGAGCCGUGAACGUUGGACUUUCUCUGUUCUCCUUCAGGUUCAGUCAAUAUUUGGAGCCUUUGAAAAGUUGAAGAGAGCUGAGAAGAAUGGGCCGCAUCAGGAGUGGGCAGUGUGGCCCUGGGCAAUCAUUGAUGGCUUGUUUUUGACCGUCUCUGGACUCAGGGCUGAGUGUGGCACACCGAGGCUGCGGGUUCCACUACACCACACGUUCGUUCAGGGACCGAUCGCUGAAGAGCUAACGUUUGUACAGACGUCGUCUUUUGUCGGAUUAGUCUUCGUUCUUUGGACCGGGAACCAACAUGAACGCCAUAGUGGAAGCUCUCGCCUUUUUCCUGGGCUUUCUGGGCUGGCUGAUGGUCGGGAUCGCCCUUCCUAAUCGGUACUGGAGGGUGUCGUCGGUGGACGGUAACGUCAUCACCACCUCCACCAUCUACGAGAACCUGUGGAUGUCCUGCGCCACCGACUCCACCGGGGUCCACAACUGCCGGGACUUUCCCUCUCUGCUGGCUCUGGACGGCUUUAUUCAGGCCGCCCGAGCCCUGAUGAUCGUGGCCAUCGUGUUCGGGACCUUCGGCCUGGUGGCCACUCUGGUGGGGAUAAAGUGUUCAAAGAUCGGAGGAGAGAACUACGUCCUGAAGGGACGGGUCGCUGCCAUUGGAGGAGCGUUCUUCUUACUGCAAGGCCUCAGCACCAUGAUCGCCGUGUCCUGGUACGCCGCCAACAUCACGCAACAGUUCUUCGAUCAGUACUAUCCAGGAACCAAGUAUGAGAUCGGAGAAGGUCUGUACAUCGGCUGGUCCUCCGCUGUUCUGGCCAUCUGUGGAGGUUCCUGUCUGCUGUGUUCCUGCAAAGUCCAGUCCCCCAACGAGAAGACCCCGUAUCCGUACCAACCGUCCUCUCGGGGUCACGUGCUGUCGACCGCGGGAACGUCCGUCGUCCCGAGUCACUACGGAAGGAACGCUUACGUCUGAUGGAGGUGGAAGGAUUUAAUCAACGACCAAAUUCACCAUAAGUUGUCGACUUCCGAUUCAACCUUUUUGUGACCUGAAAGAAAAACCAGUGUAUUUUUAUAUAUUUUUUUAUUAUUAUCUGUUUGUUUUGAAAAGCUAGCCUUUCCUGUUAGCUUCACCUUUUAGCUUCACCAGCUCCACAACAGAUCAUUAGUUAGUCAUUCACAACCACCAGGAUUAAUUACACAAGCUACAACACUGUUGACCUUAUGACCUCACUGAUCCACUGUGUGUGUAUAUAUAUAUGUAUAUCAUUAAGACGUCGUAGAAAUGAAUCAAACACUGAGACAAAAUCACUCCAUGGUUUUAAUUCAAGUGUACUAUGAU